GAGGAACCUGUCUAGUGCUCCUUCCUCAUAUUCUACUCAAUUUAUCUCCUUUGGUAGCAAGACUUUCUCCAGUUUCAUUUGAAGAAGCAGAGGAACACUUGGGAUCGAGAUGGCUGACUCUCAAGAAGAUGCUCCUCUGGCCAGAGGCAGUGUGGCAGGCAGUGAAGAGGCCCUGGUCCUCCCUGUAGCACCCAGAGGGGGCUCCAACAGUCGUGCUUUGAAGAUAGCAGGCCUGACAACCCUGGCCUGCCUGCUGCUAGCCAGCCAGGUCUUCACUGCCUACAUGGUGUUUGACCAGAAGCAACAGAUACACACACUGCAGAAGAACUCAGAGAGAAUGAGCAGACAAAUGACCCGCACAUCCCAGGCUGUGGCUCCAGUGAAGAUGCACUUGCCAAUGAACAGCCUGCCUAUGCUGAUGGACUACACUUCGAAUGAGGACCCCAAGGAAACCAAAACGCCCUUGACGAAACUGCAGGACACUGCUGUUGUCAGUGUGGAGGACCAGCUGAAGGAACUCAUUCAGGACGCCCAGCUGCCCGAGUUCAACGAAACCUUCAUGGACAACAUGCAGAGGCUGAAGCAGCUGACCAAUGACAGCGAGUGGAAGAGCUUUGAGACCUGGAUGCGUUACUGGCUGAUCUUCAAGAUGUCCCAACAGAAGCCUACAGCCCCCACAACUGAGCAAGCCAUGACCAAAUGCCAGAGAGAGGCAAAAGAGGGAUUGAUCGGUUCCUACAAGCCCCAGUGUGACGAGCAGGGCCACUACAUGCCCAUGCAGUGCUGGCAUGGCACCGGUUACUGCUGGUGUGUGGAUGGGUCUGGCACACCCAUCCCGGGCACCAAAAUGCGUGGUCGCCCCCAAUGUCCGAGAGCCACAGCUUCUCGCCACGCAAUGCGCUCACCCUUUCUGAUGCAAAGGACUGUGGGCAUUGAUGAUGAGAAAUAAAUUAAGAAGCAACUUGUGAAACAAGGUGUCUCUUCUCUUCAAGCAGACUUCACACACAUAAGAAAUCAGUUACUUAAAGUUAGAAGAUGACCUGCUUAAAUUAACAGUUUUAAUUCCUGAUCAAGGUUUCUUCUAUGUAACCUCUCAGUUGUAACCCUUUGCUGGCUUUGAAAUCAAAUCAUGUUGCUUUUAAUGUCUGCAGGUUUUGUUUCUUUUAUAACAAACUUUUUGGGGGUUUUGACAUUUAACCUAGAUAGUUGGUAUUCAUAUAAUCUACUGUGCAUUAAAGCAUGUGUGUGCUAAAUAUGUUUUUGGCUGCAGAAUGCUUAAAGGGUCAGUUCACCCAAAUAAGUAAAAAAAAAAACUGUUCUCCCCCCCUACCUCUACUAGUGUCUAGACAUGAAGGUAGUCUUGGUUGGACUUUCCUGGGUUUUAAGCUUGAUUCUGAAAUGUUCUGCCCCAACACAAUGCAAGUCUGUUUGUGGUGCAUCCAACACUGAAAAGAGAUAUUUAAAAAUGGAAACAGCCAUACUAUGUCCCGAAACGCUGGCACUGAUUUUCCAGUAGAAAGUCGUUCCUAUAUGAACUGUUCACAAUGAAUUCUGUGCAUCAUUCAGAAUAAUGGGGACAAUAUUUCUUGUUGUUUAAUUUAUCUUUGUGUGUGUGUUUUCAAUGCUGUGAACACCACAAAUGAAAAUCCAUUUAAAUAAAACCAAGACUAUCUGCAUGGCCAGAUGCCACGAGAGUUAAGUGGGUUUUUUUUUUUUUUUUUGUCAUUUGUGUGGACAGCCUCUUUAAGAGGGUGUGAAUCUUAUGAGAAAGUAACUUUUCUAUGAAGGUGUUUAUGUUAAGAAGGCUAAAUAAAGCUCUGACAACUGUUGUUACUGUUACACAUAUUAUCUUGAGACAAACAAGGCCUAAAUAAACAUUAACCUGAUUAGAUGUA